GUCAUGGAUAAAACGGGAUGUACCUAUAUUAAGAAACCGGGAAAACAGGAAGGAUAUCGAUCUUUGUGUAUCGAUCUUCGAUACAUCGUUUUUUUCUAAAGCAGUAAUGACUGGGAUAAAACCGGAUUUCUUCAGAGUGACCGGGAUAAUAUGCAGUAAUUUUACCUAUACAGUAUAGUCAUUUAUAAUAGUGGAUGUAACUAUGUUAAGGAACCGGGAUAAAACACAUCAAAUGCAUCAUGAAACAUAGCAAACACAUCAAACACAUCAUGAAACACGUAAAACGCAAUAUACACAUCAUGAUACACCUAAAACACAUCAAACACAACAAACACAUCAUGAAACACAAUCAAACACAUUAAACACAACAAAUACAUCAUGAAACACAAUCAAACACAUCAAACACAACAAACACAUCAUGAAACACAAUCAAACACAUCAAACACACCAUGAAACACAAUCAAACACAACAAAUCGCAUGUAUCGAUAAUCGCACGUUUCGAUAACCGCAUUUAUCGAUUCCAAAUUCCCCCAAAUUUCCCCAUUUAUACAAAAAAUUACGAAUCUUCCUAUUUCUCUACUGUUCGAAAUUAUAUGAAUUUAAUUUUUGAUCAUUAAUAAUUGUAUGUAUUUCAUUACAAUUCUUUUCUCCUAUCUUUGCGACUUAUUUUUCAUUAUCAGUUGCAUUACUUCAUUAUCAUGUGAUGAAAAACAGCUGAGUAUUUUUCACCACUUGGUUUUUCAGUUUUAACCUUCAAAAAACAAAAUUAAAAAAAAUUUCGGAAUGUCUUCUUUCAAAAAAAUUAAAGAUUUAAAUGAGUAUGCUUAUAAUAUCCAAAUUAAAUGUAAGGUAAUUUCAAAAUCACAAGUGAAAGUUUCAAAAUCUGGUUCGGUCGAGUUUUUCUUUUUCAAUUUACAAGAUGAAUCUGCCACAAUAAAUUGUAUUUCGUUUGAGAAGGGAUUCCAUCAAAUUAUUCAGGAACAGCUCUGUUAUAAAUUUUCGAAAUUUCGUAUUCAAAAACAUAGAUACAAUAAGGAACUUCAAUUGGUUUUCGACAAAGGAUCUCUCAUUGAAUUGACUGAUGAUGAUUUAGAACUGAAUAAUGAUCCCAAAUUUUAUUCAAUAGAAGAAAUAAUUUCUAAAACUAAAGAAAAUGAUACUGUUGAUUUUAAAGGUACACUUUGCGAAAAGCCGUCCAUUAAAAGGAAAAAAUUGAAUGAUGGUGAUGCAAAAUUAAAACUAACAGUCAGAGUUACGGAUGGAAAAGAUAGUUGCAUUAUAUUAUCAGCGUGGGAAACUAACAUCCCUUUUAAGGAAGAAGAAGUGAGUGCAGGUCAGGAAGUAAUACUACAUAAUGUAUCUAUAAAAUCAAUGGACGGUACCAAAUUUCUUGAAAUUAGUCACCAAACAAUUGUUAAAAUAUAAAAAAUCAGUCAAGGUAAGAAAAUGUAUCAUUCAAGUUACCACCAUUUGUGCAUUUUAAAAGCGUCUAUUUGAAGGAUGAAAGCUUGAUUAAUUUUUAUAGGCCCUACUCAGUUUUGGAGUCCCCAAAUGAAGUGGCGGCCCUGUCACUAUGUAUUUGCUCCCUAUCUUUUGCAUGGA